AUGGAAGAAGAAGCUCAAUUUCUAAGAGACGAUGCGGAAAUUAAAUUCAAGGCUCAAGAUUUUGCUGGAGCAUUAUGGUUAGCUAACAUGGCUCAAGAUUUGGAUCCUAACCUCCAAGGUAUACAACAGUAUAUCGCGGCUUACAGUGUUCACGUUGCUGCUUAUGAAAGCAAUACUAUAAAGAAACAAUACAAAAGAAUGGCACUGUUGGUCCAUCCUGAUAAAAAUGGUUCAAUUGCGGCAGAGAGUGCUUUCAAACUCAUCCAAGACGCAAAUGAAAUAUUAUCUGACCCUAUUACGAGAAUGGGUUUUGAGUUGAAACGAAACCGAUCAAAACCGGCGUCGCCAACACCGACGGCAUCUACAUCAUCAACAAAAGUAAGUGCGAAACCCUCUGUAAACCGGCAUGACGACAAAUCUAAAUACAAGACUGGACAGUCAAGUUCUUAUUAUUAUGAUGAUUGCGAGUAUGACGAGGAUACUUGGCCUGAUGAAGAGGAGGAUGAAGAAGACUUUGGUUUGAAAGGUCUUAAAUUACUGUAUUCAAUUUUCAUUCAUAUGCAAAAAAGGAUUACAUCUUCACCUGAAGCUUCGGAAGAAGAGGACGAGGAAGAAGAAGAAGAGGAUGAGGACGAAUAA